AUGCCUCCCACCACGGCACUGCUCUCAGACCUAGGGAUGCGGGGUCCGUUUGUGUGCCGGUCAUGUCUGAGCAGUCUGCGGGCGGCGGCUGGACAGAGGCCGCCAUGGACGAUGACGUUGGCCAUGCGGACGGUGAUGACACAGCCGGGCGUCCGAGCAAGACGGACGGGCAGUGCAGCGGCUCGGCGGCCGUCAGCGGCCAACGAGGGCGUGACGGUGCGGCUAUUUGAGCAGGAAGAUGACGGGCAGCUGCGACAGGUAGCAGACGAGGAGGCAGACAGCAACGGCAACUACCGGGGCGAUGCGCUGGACCGAGAGAUUGAGCGGCAGCUAGCAGAGUUGGAGGGCAAACUGCGCGACACGGCGCAGCUGGUGCGGCGGCUAGAGAAGAACGGGCCAGCCAAGAAGCGGGCAGACCGGCUGCGGCGAAAGUACGACUUGAUCCGAGAGGUGGAAGCAGAGGGAGAGCGAGACGAGGACGCGGCAGUGCGAAUCGGCUACGACGGGCUGUCGCUGACGGCGCGGCGUCACGUGCGAAACCUGAACAAUGUGCUGCGGCUAGCGGCACAUCGGCUGCAGCAGUCGCCAGCAGCCCUGGACGACCGGAUGAUCACGGCGCUGUACGCCCGAUACGGAUCUGCACGCACGGGGCUGUCGGAGGCGUGGCACAACGUGCCGGCAGCAGCCUGGACCGUUCUGUGGACGGUGCUGGCGUGGGAGGGUAGCAGUGCGGGCAGCUCGGUCAUGGUCAAAAACCCCCGUCGCAUGGCCCAGAUCUACUACCUGGCCAAGGACAUGCAGGCGGCCCGGGUGCCGCUGACAGACGCACAGCAGCUGCUGGCCUUGGAGGCCAUGUUCGUCGAGGGCUGGCCGGCCGCGGCGCUGGACAACUGGAAGCGCGGGGCGGCAUCGCUGGGGACGCGGCCGGCCACGGCGACCGACUACUGGGAGCUGGGCGUGCGGAUGUGCGCGCUGCACGGAGACCUGGACCGGGCAUCGAGGGCGGCCGAGCGGCUGUUUGGGCGAGGAGGAGAUGCCCACGAGGGCCAGCAGGACGGCAAGACAGCCAACCCGCGGGUGCUCCUGCAGCUGAUCCGGGCAGCGGCAGCACAGGACGACUUGACGCGGGCAACGGCAGCAUUUCGACGACUGCAGACGCUCCUGGGCGACCACAUGGGCCUGGAGGACUACGACGAGGUGGUGGGCUGCUUCCUGGCCAACAACCAGACAGAGCAGGCGUUUGGGGUGUUUGUCGAGAUGAUGGGGUUGGGACGGACGGACAGGCCGUCCACGUCGAGACGCAGGCUUCCUCCUUGUACCGCCAACGCCUUCUUCUUUGGCAAGUGGCUCAAGCGGCUGAUCGGCGCAGGCGACCUGGACGGCGCUCUGCGCGUGCUGGUCUUCAUGCAGGCACACGGCGUGAUGCCGGCGGUCGUCCAGGUCAACGGGCUGCUGGGUGCCUGGUUGCGAACGGCCGCAGCAGCCGACCAGAGACGGGCCGACGUGCUGGCCUGGCGCAUGAUUGCGGCACGUCGCCUGUUUGUCGACCUGCGGCGACGAUCGCAGGGGUUGGUGGAACUGCAGGCGGCAGCGGGAGGGAAGAAAACCAAGGAGACGAGCGACAAGGCCGAGAAGGACGACCUUCUCGACACCUUCACGGCGGUUCCGCGCGCCAGCAUCGAGACGUUUGCCCUCCUGGCCGACAACUACAAGGACCGUGGACGGGUGGGCCAGCUCGAGGCGCUCUGGGUGGCCUUUCAGGAGUGCGAGAUGGAACGGCCGUCGACCGGUUCGGCCACGUCGUCUUCGUCGUCUGCCUUUAUGAUGAACCAGCUGCUGGCCUCGUACGUGCACGACGGCCGGCCUGACGAGGCUCGCGACAUGUACCACCGCAUGCGGACGUCUGCCGUUGCCGUCCGGCCCAACGUCCACACCUUUCUCGUCCUCUUCCGCAGCCUGACCGUGCAUCGGCUUCCGUGGGGCAGCCUGGGCGAAGAGCCGCGUGCAGCCGAUCGGCAGCUCUGUCGGGAAUUGUUUGCCGAGAUGGUGGAAAUGUUGGGGACCUCGUCGACUUUUUCAACUUCCACCACCACCUCCUCCACCCCCUCUACCCUCGCCCUCGGUCGCCUCGUCCUCCACUCCUUUCGCAAGACUGGCGACUACGUCGGCCUCGUCGUCGCCGUUCGUGCUCUUCGUCCCCUUCUCGAUCACCACUUCACCGUCUCCCAUCGCCUCGCUGUCGAGCUCGUCGCCGAGGCUCCCAUGGUCGACGGCGUUCCCUUCCGUCCCGAAAGCCCGGCUGUGCGUCGUCGUAUCCUGCGCGCCAGCGAGCUCGUCGACGCCCUCCUCCGCGAGCGCGCCCAGCUUCGACAGCAGCACCACCGCCACCAUCAGCCUUCGCCCGACGACCUCGCCGACGACCUCGCCGCCAUCGUCGCCCACUACUACCGCCACAAGUGCGCCGUCGACAACGACUUGUUUGCCGCCAUGCACGCUGCUGCCGUCGAUGACCUCGCCGUCGCUCGUCUACUGCAGACACAGCACUGA